AUGGCAACCGACAGAUACGCUUCUCCAUCAGCCAUAUCGCCAGAGGACAACGCUCUCUUUCUCGAUAUUCUGCACGAGGCUCCCCUUUUCGCUCACCGCAAGGCUGCGAGGGUUAUCGGCAGCGUCUUCUAUUGCAUUCUAUUGGCAAGUUCAAUUCCUAACGGCUCGUUUCGCAACAUGUUGAAUCUUUCAACAAUACCUGGUUUAUCAAGUGCAAAAGAUACGCCUGCAGGAACUGCUGCAAUGCUCCUUGUUAUAGUUUGGAAACCUUACACUGGUUUUCUGUCAAUCUCUGCAGUAUUGAGGUACCAUGAUGGUAGGCUCUCUGAUCAGCAAAUGGCUUUGCUGCAAUAUCAGCGUGAAAAUCUUCAUUUUUUGAGCGAGGAGAUUCUUCGAUUGCAAGAGUGUCUAAGCAAAUAUGAACGAACAGAUGAUCGGAGCACACCACAGGUUGACCUUGCCCAUCUACUAGCGGCUCGUGAUCAAGAGUUACGGACACUUUCUGCAGAGAUGAACCAGGUGCAAUCGGAGUUGAGGCUUGCCCGGUCCUUGAUUGCUGAAAGGGAGUCAGAGAUCCAACAUGUUCGCACGACCAACAACCAGUACGUGGAAGAGAAUGAAAGACUCAGAGCUAUUUUAGGGGAAUGGAGCACCCGAGCUGCCAAGCUUGAGCGGGCACUGGAGGCUGAGCGGAUGUCAACCCUUGAAUUACAAAGGAAAGUUACAACGCUAAGAAGUCAAUCGUAUACAUCAGCAGAAGCCACCGAACAUGGAGCUUAG